UAGUAUAAAUUAUUAAUACCAGAGAGAACCAACCACCUCAGAAUCAGCCAACCGCAUCGUAUAUCCACAGCCCUGGUCAAUUAUCAAAUAACAAGAUGGUCCACUCACAAACUAUUUCGGGGCGGUCGGGUAGCCUAAAGCGUUCGCUCGUCACGCCGAAGACCCGGGUUCGAUUCUCGACAUGGGUACAAUGUGUGAGGCCCAUUUCUGGUGUCCCCCGCCGUGAUAUUGCUAGAAUAUUGCUAAAAACGGCGUAAAACCAUACUCACUCACUCACAAACUAUUUCUCUGAAACAUCUCCGCGCACAAUGUUAUCUGAAACACCUCCAAAUCAUCCACUGUUGCUACAUAAGGAUCUUUUCUUACAUCACGUGAUUGUUUUGGCUGUCGUUUGACUUUUCGUGCAUAAGAUGUUCGUGUUUUCUUAAUCACACCAAACUUCAAUAGUCUGCCAAUCGUAACGCCUCGGCGUUUGGCUGUUAUGUAAACACAGCUCAAUGAGGUGUGAUAGCUCAGUGUUAUGUCAUCUCAAUACCCCGUGAUUGAUGUCACUGCUGCGGAGAUAACUAUGUUCUGGCAGUAAGUAAUUGAGAAAUCCCUAUCAAAAUAUUUUGCUGAAAUGAACUCAGUGUCUCUUCAUUUGCAUGACAUAUGUGUGGUCACUGACAGUGUCACUGCAGAAGGACUGCUCCAGUUAACAUAUACACCGAGGUGACUUUCAGAUCUUAUAAAAAGGUACGUAGUCAUCAUGAACCAUUGUUCACAUUAUGAUCUUCUGGCUUGUUGCUGUACAUUUUCUCAUUAAAUCUUCAAACGCUCAUUUUAAAUCUCCGUCCAGGCAUUUUGAAUCUUCUCUAGAAGGAAGGGCGAUAGCCGAAUGGACGGGGUCGGUGUGUAAAUGUGACAUCAUCAGCAGAUACUUCUAUGUCACCUGCUCUUGACUGACCCACGGCAGGGAUCUCAAUCUAAUCUUUUUGACGUUAAGUGGGAGUCCCAUUUGGUAAACUUAUAAGGUAAGUUAUACCCUGGUUAUUUGGACGACUGAGUCAAGACAACAUCGAUACAAAGGCUGCGGGAACACCUAAUAUAACUUUAGACCGUAUUAAAUUAUCACCCUCAUAAUCAGGGUUUUGUGUCAGUACGCUUGAUGUCGUAGAAGUUUACAUGAUAAAUGUGUACGGAGAGUUGUGUGGGUUCGAAUCCCGGAUGGAACUCAACCCCUAAAAGUACUAGAAUCUGUACUUUACUAAGAAGGUGUUAUCCCAAACAUACAUGUGUUGCAUUAACAGUUGUUUUAUGUAAUUUAUAUGAAGAUUUUGUAAGUUUUGUGUCGUCAUUUAUCUAUCAAUUCCCUCACGCAGGUCGGCCGAGAUCGGGUGAUGGAAUCGACACAACUCGAUGAUUUUGAUGCCGAAGUGUGGAGCUGUUUCCGUGACAACGACGUGAAAGAAUUCACCAGUUCGCCUCCUGAAACUGGCUUGAUUAGACCAAUUCCAGUUCGCCUUGAACCGCCAUUCCCUUGGGAUUGUGGGAUCGAAUUCGAUGCUAUACAUACAUUUGAAACUGCACCAAAGAGGUUUUCGGCAUUUAUCCCAGUUUCUAAAACUGCUGACAGAGCUGUCGGAAACCCUGGUUCUUUCGAGAAAGCUCAACCGACACUGCAACCUCUAAUUGUCAAGGACACGCACCCAAGUCUGCAAAGGUCCAUUUACUGUAAAAGUGACCCUGUCGAGGCAGAAGUGUCGGACCUGCUGCAGAGGCUGACCACUACUCAGGCCGAACUGGACAGUGUACGAGACGAUCUCACAGACGCCCGACUCAAUGCCCAGUGCCUUGAGCUGAUGAACAAACACCUGACGACAAAACUUCAGCUGAUGGAGACAGAGAAGGAGAACCUUAAGGAGAAUGUUGAUGAUCUGAAAAAGGAGAGUGAAUGGUUGAAGUUAGAACUGAAGCGGACACAAGAUGCAAGACGGCAUUGCGGAAAGCCAGAUGAACACGUGGAUGUCAAACGAUUCCAGCAGGCGCCUGCUGCAAGUGACAAAAAGUACCCUAUGGAUGGGAAAAGUGCAUUGUCCAAUGAUCUGGCUAGUGCAAAGGACAGUGUCGAACCUAAAACGAAAAAGAAGAAAUUUGUUCUGAAACAGCUCAGAAAAGCCUUUAGGAAGAUAACUAGGUGAAACGAAGAACUACACUAUCCACUGUGAUGCAGUUAUGCCAGUUGUACUCAUAUUACUGUUUGUUAUUAUUUAUGUUAUAAAAUAUAUUCCAAAUUGACUUGUUUGAGUUUUGUUUCAUCAAAGAACUGUAGCGGUAUAAAUUGUAGUCAGCUGAGCUUUACUGAAGAUAGUACUGCUGAAUGAUUGUUUGUUUGUUGUUUAACGCCGCACUCAGCAAUAUUCCAGCUCUAU